AUGCGAAUGGCGACCAAGGAGAAGCAGGAGAAGCAGGAGAAGGCCAAAGCGGCGGCCGUGCAGCUCAAGGUGCCCAAGGGCACGCGCGACUGGACGGGGGCCGACUCGAUAAUCCGCGACUCGAUCUUCCAGACGGUGACGGAUGUGUUUCGACGCCACGGCGCCGUCGCGCUGGACACGCCCGUGUUUGAGCUCAAGGAAGUGCUCGCGGGCAAGUACGGCGAGGACUCGCGGCUGAUCUACGACCUGGCCGACCAGGGCGGCGAGCUGUGUGCGCUGCGCUACGACCUGACGGUGCCGUUUGCCCGCUGGCUGGCCAUGAACAAGGUGCAGCAGUUCCGGCGCUACCACAUCGCCAAGGUAUACCGGCGCGACCAGCCGGCGGUGGCGCGUGGCCGCAUGCGCGAGUUCUACCAGUGCGACUUUGACAUUGCCGGCCAGUACGACCGCAUGAUCCCGGAUGCCGAGAUUUUGCGGGUUGUUCACGAGGUCUUUGCCGCACUGCAGCAGGACAUUGUCGUCAAGCUGAACCACCGGCAGAUUCUGGACGGCAUCUUUGCUGUCUCGGGCGUGCCCGACGACAAGAUCCGCACCAUCAGCUCGGCCGUCGACAAGCUCGACAAGCUGCCCUGGGCCGAGGUGCGCAAGGAGAUGGUCGAGGAAAAGGGACUGGCCGAGGUCGUCGCCGACCAGAUCGGCGACUACGUCAAGCACAGCGGCGACAUCGCGACUGUUGUCGCUCUGCUGCGUGCCGACGCGCGCCUAGCUGCCGAUCCCAACAUCCAGCAGGGCGUCGCCGACAUGGAGCUGCUGGCCACGUAUCUCGACGCCUUUGGCGUGCCGUCCAGCCAGAUUUCGUUUGACCUCUCGCUCUGCCGCGGCCUGGACUACUACACCGGUCUGAUCUUUGAGGUCAUCGUCCGGCCAACGGCCGAAGAGGCUGAGGAGGCUUCGGCCCAGGACCGGAAGAAGAGCAAGAGCAAGAGCAAGGCCGCCGAGGAGCCGCAGGUCGGCAGCAUCGCCGCCGGCGGGCGCUACGACAACCUUGUCGGCAUGUACGGCAAGACCCAAAUUCCCUGUGUCGGUAUCUCUUUUGGCGUCGACCGCAUCUUCACCAUCCUCAAGGCCCGCCGCGAAAAAGAGGCCGGCCGCCAGCGCGUGCGCGAGACCGACGUUUAUGUCAUGGCCUUUGGCGCCGGCGCCGGCUUCACCGGCCUCCUGACCGAACGCAUGCGCAUUGCCCGCCGGCUCUGGGACGCCGGGAUCAAGGCCGAGUUCGUCGCCAAGACAAAGCCCCGCCUGCCCCAACAGUUCAAGGCCGCCGAAGACGUCCCGCUGGGCGUCAUCCUCGGCGAGGACGAGCUGGCCCAGGGCCAGGUUCGCCUCAAAAUGCUAGGCACCGGUGCCGCCGGCGAGGCCGACGAGAAGGACCGCGGUCAGCUCGUCGCCGAGGAAGACCUCGCGGCCGAGAUCAAGAAGCUGCUGAUCUAA